AUGGAUCAUGGAUUUCUUCAAAAACUGAGCUCGCUGCGUCGCAAAGUCGACGACGAUUUCAGCUACGAAGGAUGCAAAGUAGGCCGAGGCACAUACGGCCAUGUUUACAAGGCUCGCGCGCGGGAUGAAAACGACAAGCGGGAAUACGCGCUGAAGUUGAUUGAAGGAACUGGUAUUACGCCUUCAGCCUGUCGAGAAAUCGCGCUUCUGAGGGAGCUACAGCAUCCGAAUGUUAUUGCGCUGCAGAAGGUCUUUCUGAACCAUUCAGACCACAAAGUGUGGUUGCUUUUCGACUACGCCGAACACGAUCUCUGGCACAUUAUCAAGUUUCACCGCGCGAAUAAGAAACAUGGAAACAUCCCAGAGCGAAUGGUCAAGUCUCUAAUGUACCAAAUCCUCGAUGGAAUUCACUAUCUUCAUGAAAACUGGGUUCUCCACAGGGAUCUGAAACCAGCGAAUAUUUUGGUGAUGGGAGAGGGCGAAGAACGCGGCAGGGUGAAAAUUGCAGACAUGGGAUUCGCCCGUCUUUUUAACUCGCCGCUAAAGCCGCUGGCAGAUCUGGAUCCAGUGGUCGUCACUUUUUGGUACCGAGCGCCUGAGCUGCUCCUUGGAGCGCGGCAUUAUACGAAAGCGAUUGAUAUUUGGGCGAUAGGGAACGAACUGCUCACCUCCGAGCCAAUCUUUCACUGCCGCCAAGAAGACAUCAAAACUUCGAAUCCAUACCACCACGAUCAGCUGGAAAAAAUCUUCCAAGUCAUGGGCCUUCCUGCUGACUGGGAUGAUAUCAAAAAGAUGCCGGAGCACAUGACGUUUCAAAAAGACUUUAGAAGAGUUGACUUCAGCGGCAAGAGUUUGGCUGGAUACAUGGACAAGCAUCGGUUGCGGCAAGAUUCAUAUGCUUUUAAAUUGCUCAAAAACUUGUUGAUCAUGGAUCCAAAGCAGCGAAUGACCUCUGCAGCGGCGAUGGAAGAUUACUAUUUCAGAGAAAAGGACGAAAUCCCACUUGAGGACGCAUUUGGCGAUGGCCCGAUAGUUUAUCCCAAACGCGAAUUUCUCACGGACGAGGAAAGAAAAAAGGAUAAAGCAAAAGCUCAAGCUGGUCCUGCUGGAAAAGGAGAGGAACCGCCAACCAAGAGGAUACGAAUCGAGCAACAGCAGCAAAAUGAGCCUGAAAGACAAAAUCAGAACUUUCAAAACCAACGACCAAACAUGCAAAACAUCCGUCAGCAGCCGAACAUGAUGCCUGGCAAUAAAUACGCGACUGGACAGCAACAAGUUUUUCAACAGCGAAAAUUCUAA